CCCCUCUUUCCUCACAGCAACACUCACAAGUCACAACACAACCCAACCCUAGCGAGUAGCAGCAGCCUCAAAGUACCCUACACCCUCACUUAAAGCUCUCUCACUCCUGAACCCUAAAAUGAAGACACAACAACAAUCUCUCUUCUCAGCCUCAAUUUUACUAGUUAUAGCACUUAUAACCUUUUUCCACACCACUUCAGCCCAACUCACACCAAUCCAAGCCCCAGUUUCAUCACCCCCAUCCCCGCCACUACCACAACCACCAGCAUUCACACCACCAUCUCCACCAGCCACUGCUCCAGCUCCAGGAUUCAACACAGUACCCUUAGUUCCCGUGACACCAAGUGGCGCUCCCACACCCACCAUCCCAAAAGCACCCUCCAUUGACAUAGUCCAAAUCCUAAGAAAAGCAAAGAGAUUCUCUGUCCUCAUUAGGCUCCUCAAAACCACCCAACUCAUCAACCAACUCAACUCACAGCUUCUGACCUCAGGCUCAGGAGGUUUAACCCUCUUCGCCCCAGAAGACAGUGCCUUCUCAAAACUAAAAGCUGGUUUCCUCAACUCUCUUAGUGACAGACAAAAAGUGGAACUUUUACAAUUCCACACACUCUCUUCCUUCAUUUCCAUCUCAAACUUCGACACACUCACCAACCCCGUUCAGACUCAGGCCGGCGACGACCCCAAGAGGCUCCAGCUCAACGUCACCACGUUUGGUGGCAGCCAGGUGAGCAUGGCCACCGGCGCCGUCAACGCCUCCGUCACCGGAACCGUUUACACCGACAACAAGCUCGCCAUAUACCAGGUGGACAAAGUGCUUCUCCCCCUUGACCUUGUGCUUCCCAGCGAGGCUCCGGCACCGGCGCCGGGAAAGGCUAAAGGGGCGUCGCCGAAGACCGAUAAGACGAAGUCCGGCGCCGAUGACGGUGCCGCCGGUGGCGAUAGUGACAAUGGUGAUAACAAGGACUUGCCUGCUGAAGCUUCUUCUGCUGGUUCCGUGAGUUUCAAGUUUGGUGUGGUUGCCUUUGUUUUUGGGGUGGCUUUGAUGGGUGAAGCCGUUGUGUGAUGUGAAAGGGCGAGUGGUUCUAUUGUGUUGUUUGAGGUUUUUUACGUGAGUGUUGGAUAUUGUUGUGUUUUGUUUUCUGGUUCAAUUAAUUGUUUGCAUGUAGCAUUGGAUUAAAACGUAUACAAGGUGGAUUUCUUUUUCUUUUUGUUA